UUAAAUUUAAAAUAAAUUUGUAGAUUUAAACCGAGAGUUACAACCCAACGAAGAAAAUCUUCAUUUGAUAGCAAAUGAUGAACGUAUCGACGAUAAUAUCAGGCCAAUUCAAGUACAAGGCAGAAGAAUAAUCGAUUUUGAAUAUUACAACGAACAGUUGCUAAAAAUAAGUCAGCAUGGUUUUCACUUUGGUUGUUCAUUCGCUAACUUAGUAUUUGAUAAAGAACAUAAAUUGGGUCUGAAGUCAUCUUUUUCUGUUCAUUGCAAUAUGUGCAAUAGCAAGUUCAAUCUUGAAACCACUCGUAACACCGUGAAUACAGAUUUGGUACAAUGUGCAACCAGCAUUGGGAGUGGAUUUUCUAAUAUGGAAGAAGUCUUCUCUGUACUGAAUAUUCCCUUCAUGUCAUCAAAGUUAUAUCUAAAAUGUCAGAACCAGAUUGCCGAAACGUGGGAAAGUGUGGCCUUUAAAGUUAUGAAGGAGGCUGCUAUGGAAGAAGCUGAAUAUGCUAGACAAAACGGCAUGAUCGACUCUGACGGUACACCUUUAGUCACGGUUGUAGCUGAUGGCUGUUGGAGCAAAAGGUCGUACAGAAAAACUAUAGUGGAAGUUCUACGGGAAUGGAAGCUGAUGGUUUGGUAGAGGGCUUCCGUAAGAGCGAAGAAUUGUAUGGGGUGCGAUUUGCAACCCUUAUUGCUGAUGGAGAUAGCAGUACAUACAAACGUAUAUUGAAUGCUAGAUCUUAUAAAAACCUGACGGUACAAAAGAUAGAAUGUUCCAAUCAUCUUCUGCGAAAUUUUUGUAAUAAACUAACUGCAUUAUCGAAAGAUACAAGAUUUCCUAUAAAGUAUAGAAAAUUUGUUACAAAAAACAUUUUACGAUUCCGAAAAGCGAUUAACGGUGCAGUCGAGUUCAGAAAGCAAGAAAGAAAUGAAAGUGCGGUGUAUUUAUUAAAGAAAGAUAUCGAUAAUUCGCUAAAUCAUAUAUUUGGUAAUCAUGCGAUGUGUGAUACGUAUUUCUGUAAACCAAAAAAUGAAUAUGACUACAUUUCAGAAAUCAAAACGCAGUGUCCUGAAUUAUAUUGUCGCCUGAAUGAAAUUAUAUCCUCAAUUUCAAACCAUAGCAGGAGCUUACUAGAAAAAGUCAACAGCAACAUAGUUGAGCAAUUUCAUGCAAUAAUUGCAAAAUUCGUUGGAGGCAAACGAAUAAACUUUUCACAAAAACGGUCGUAUCAAACUCGUUGUCAAGGCGCAGUGAUAUCAUUUAAUUCAAACCGAAUUCAUUCGCUUGUUAGUAAAACACAUCCAUUUGCGCAUAAAAACUUAAAUGUAGAAAACCUGGAAAAAAGAAGAAGAAGAUCAAGAGAAAACGCAAAGAAACUAAAACUUAUGGGUAAAAAAAAGACAAAGUUGCAGAAAUCGCAAAUUGAUGAUGAAGAUUACGGAGAUAACAGCUUGAAACCUGACCUAGAUACCGACAUUUUAGAGCAAGAAAUAAACAAGUUCCUAAAAAAUAUGGAAAGAACUUCAACUCAACGGGAAUACUUGGAAAGGAAUUCUACUUUACAAGCAGAAAGUGGUUACUGGCUCGAAGAAAGAAGGAAAUUAUUAACUGCAUCAAAUUUUUACCCUGUAUGUAUUAGAAAAGAUACGACAUUAUGCGCUAAUUUGGUAAAACGUAUUUUAUAUUAUUGUGGUACGGCAAUUAAAUCCAAAGCAGUGCAACAUGGAAGAAAUAAUGAGGGUAUAGCAUUGAGGCAACUAGAAGUACAAGAAAAUGUCAAAAUUAAGAAAUGUGGUUUGUUUGUAGAUUCACAGUACUGCUUUUUAGGAGCCACACCUGACGGUUUAGUCGGAGAUGAUCUAGUUGUGGAAGUGAAGUGUCCUUUCUCUGCAUACAAAACGUGCCCCGAAGAAGCAAUCAAACAGAAAAAAAUUAACUUUUGGACUUUCAAUGCAACAUCGAAUACCUUUGAUAUCAACAAAAAGGAUAAAUGGUUUUACCAAAUUCAAGGUCAAUUACAAAUUACAGGGAGAAAAGGAUGUUUAUUUGCAAUUUGGACAGGACACAACAUUCCCAUGAAAGUAGCAUACAUUCGUAGAGAUAAACAGUUUUGGAGAACAAAUAUGGAAAUUAAAUUACUAAGAUUUUAUAAAGAAUGUAUGUUACCAGAAUUAGUUGAUCCACGGCAUACUCGUCACCUACCAAUUCGCGAACCAAAUUUUAUAAAAGCAGCGCAGAUAAAUCGAAAACGACCACGCAAUCAGUAACAGUAUAAAAGAACUACAAUGAUAUCGAAAAUUACUUCUUUCAAUGAAAUCUAUACCGGGAUAGUACAAAUAGGCCCGGAACAGUUUCAUACAAAAUACUUCCUUUUCUUUGAAUGGAAUACCCACUAAUUUUUUAAUAUUUUUGUUGCAAUUUCUGAAAGGAGUUUUUAUGUUGUAUUCAAAAAUGA